GUUUAGCUGCAGAAAUAUCUGUCAUAUAAACAUAUCACCGGUCAGCAAAACUGUAGCAACGGGCUGUUAGAAAAUGGCCAGGUACUUGAGACCCCCUAAUACCUCUCUGUUCGUCAGAAACAUCGCCGACGAGUCCAGAAUGGUAAAGAUACAGUUCUGGAGACCCCACACCAAAGAAAGUUGAAAGGCGGUUGUAGAGUAGAUUCAAGCCAAAGACACCCAGGCGACAAGCGAUAGUGGAAUUUGGAAAAUAAAGAGAGAGCAAAAGCAUGAAGAUACAAAGAGGAGAAAAGAGAGCACACCCAGGCCAUUCCAUUUGUCUACCAAAGGGAGGAAAAGUGUUUAUUGGGCAAAGACAAGCAGGAAACCUCAAGUUCUUCUGCCAAGACAAUAAAGAACGAGCUGAAGGUCAAAGGUCAAGCAUGUUAAAGGUAACAAGACAAACUUUGUACGUCCGGGAUGCAGAGGACGCUCUUCACAACCUGGACCGGAAAUGGGUUUGCGGGCGCCAGAUUGAGAUCCAGUUCGCCCAGGGAGACCGCAAGACCCCAAACCAGAUGAAAACCAAGGAGCGGCACUCGCCCCGCAGUUUCUCCCGCUAUGAAGACGAUCGGGAUAGCCGCCGCAGACGCUCCCGGAGCCGCAGCUACGAUCGUCGCAGGUCCCGAAGCCCCUCUUAUGAACGCCGUCCUCGGAGGUCUGAGAGCCCUAAAGACUCUCGCUCUUACAGUCGACGCAGACGAAGCAGAAGCCACGAAAAUGACAAGUACAGAGGUCCUCCACGUGAACACCACAGGACACACCAUGAACCAGGCUCACGUAGCCGCUCAGCAUCCCGCUCCCCCUCCAGAUCUAGGCCCAAAGGUAAAAAGAGCCAGUCCAGGUCCCACAGCCCCGCCGAAGACUUCCACCCGACAUCCAGCUCCCAGAAACAGUCUGUGGGGCGAUCUCCGUCCCGCUCCUACUCCAGAUCCAUGUCCCGGUCACGCUCUCGCUCCAGGUCCUGGGCAGGACGCAAGUCUGGAGGUCACUAAACUCUACACUUGUCUUCCAAAGCUCUAUUUAUCUGUAUGUGAGGAUGUUUCUGUUCAGCUUUUUGACGAUGACAACUGGAGUGUGACGCUCUCGGUUUGGAUUUGUUUUUAUCAUCAUAUUUACAGAGGAAUAUGUUGCCAAAGCGAGGAGAACAAGCGAGAUCUAGAGAUUAUUUUUAGCGUAAAUAAAAAGUUUUUGUUGUGAUUCAUAGAAGCACAGUUUGAUACCCGACGAGUUUUACUAGGUCAAGUUUUUUGGACUUGUGUACGAUGCGUCUCUGAGGGUGGACAUAAUGUUACGGUUUGGCUCUGCCGAGAGUAUUUUUGUACUUUGAGUUAGCAAUAUUUAGAUGCACACAUGUUAAUAUGGGGACUGUCUCAGUUUGGGUUGUCUGUUGUAUAAAUGGUAAGUUACACCUGACGCCAUGCUCUGACUCUGCAGUAUUUAGUUGGUCUUAUUUCAGCAGACGGUCGGUAUACUUUAGGAGCCUCUUCUGUAAUUACUGAGGCAAUGGAUGAGAAAUGGAAGGCCGGUUGUUUCUUAUAAAUUAGUCCAGCAUUGUUACGAUAUUUAAAAUGAGCUGCAAGUCAUUGUUCCAUGCAUUUUGUUCAGUGAGUGAAAAAGUCAACUGAGUAUCAUUUUCCUUGUUUUCAGUGUUUUGUUAUGCAUUGUCAAUAAAGAAACUCUAUCCAUAAUUAUCCAUCUGCUCUUU